AUGAAUUUCAGCCAGUGUUGCGAGUCAAGCCCUCUAGGGUGCCGCGGCCUCGGCCUGGAGAAGGAAUCUCGCAAUGUGUGCUCAUUCCGUUCUGUGAUUAACAAGUGCGUCGCGAAGACUGCGUUUGAAUGUGGUCAGAGCAAGCAGGUGCGUCAAGAAGCGGCGGAUUUCUGGAAGAAGGUCGGCGGCGAGCGCUUUGUCAUGGCACAUGUGGCUCAAUACCUCGACAAACACUCUGCUACCAACCCACACUUUGCCAUACCAAAGCCAGGAAAUACAUAAAGAAGAAAAAAAGUUAAACGUGGGAGAGCCAUGCUUUGGCAUGAAUGGGUCGGCUCGACCGGGGCAAUACCACGGCCUCACAGAAAACCGGCGUGAAACAACCACAGCGUUGUGUUUCGCCGUGUGAGUGAGGUUACCGGAUACCCAAAUCCCCUCUCCCAAAGACAAAGGCAAUGCAUUUAUACGUCCAAAUAGAAAUGGGCGGUGCCAAUUGUUUACUAUCCAUGGG